AUGGACUUCCAAAUACUCUAUGGGGCCUACGUCAGACCGCUCCUGGAGUACGCCAACCAAGUUGUCUACUCAGGACGUACAAAAGACGUCACACUCAUUGAGCGUGUCCAGCGGGCCGCCACGAGAAUGGUUGCCGGCCUCAAAUCCGUAAACUACGAAACGCGCCUCGCGAUGCUUGAUCUCUUUCCCCUGUGGUACCGUCGCCUCCAGGGUGACCUAAUUCUUACUUAUACCCUGUUUGAACAAACCUUGGCAAACAGGAUUUUACCAUUAACCCAGCAAACACAAGGCGGGGACAUACCGCGUAAAUCACAGCGUUCUCUGGAGCGCCUUGUCAAGGGCGCGCUAAUGGAGCUACGUCCGGGCCCGUUCGUUGGUGUUUCGGACAAUGCGUUAUUUGUUCCUCCGACCGUAUUCAGUGUUUACACCGACCUUGGAAUCAACUUCGUAUUCAGCUGGCAAGGCGACUGUCUACGUAUUCCUGGAGUCCUUGAUGGGACGCGGAAUCUGGUCUACUCAGCACCCACCAGCGCAGGCAAAACACUUGUUGCGGAAAUAAUUUUGAUGAAACAUGUCCUGGAAACUACCUCGAAGGCACUCGUGAUCUUGCCGUUUGUAUCUGUUUCUAGGGAGAAGCUGUUCUAUUUACAGAAGUUGUAUACUGGCCUGGGUGUUCGGGUGGGUGGAUUUAUGGCCGGCCAGAGUCCACCAGGGGGCUUGUCAACCGUUAACGUCGCCGUCUGCACAAUAGAAAAGGCUAACAGUAUGGUCAAUCGGCUUGUUGAAGAAGGAAGAUUAGAUGAAUUGGGGCUUGUUAUCGUGGAUGAAUUGCACCUAAUUGGGGAUACACAUCGAGGUUACUUAUUGGAGUUAUUGCUGACCAAACUGUUGGUUCACUCACGUCGGGUUCGGCAAGAGUCACAGGUGGAUUCAUCUUUAUUCUGUUCGCAGUCCCCUUUGGCCACCCAAUUAACUCGUAAGUUUAAGGGUGUACAAAUUGUUGGUAUGAGCGCCACUUUACCCAAUUUGGAACUUCUGGGCGAUUGGCUGGAUGCCGCAGUGUAUACUACCACGUUCCGACCGGUCCCUCUGACCGAAUUGGUCUUUUCACGCGAUUCGAGAACUUCCGUGAAUCAUGCUUAUUUGGUCGCUCGAUCUGACUCACCUCAAUCUCAUCACGCCCUUCGUAGUGGUUCGAAUCCUGGCUCAGAACGUUUGCAACCGGUUUCCACACCUUUGCUUGAUUCCCAGUUAAGCGCGGAGGCUCACUUGACUUCGGUGGACGAGGAUGGUGUGUUCAGUUUGUGUUUAGACACAUUACUCACCGGUCACGGGGUUCUCGUGUUUUGCCCAACAAAACAGUGGUGUGAACAGCUGGCGGACAGCAUGGCUAAGCAUUCCUACUUUCUCGCCAAAGAGGACGAAAACACUCGGCCACCCCAAACAGACGGGAAAGAUGACAUCACUAUGACCACGCCGGGGGGAAUUGAAUCUAUUGCCUUUCGCUUAGCUGCACGAUUGGAUCGAUCAGGCUUAAUGGGCUGCGUGGAGCGGCUUCGACAGUGUCCUGCUGGACUCGACCCAUCUUUGGCACGAUGCUUAGGUUAUGCGGUUGCCUUUCAUCAUGCAGGUUUGACGGUGGAAGAACGCGAGGUUGUGGAAAAAGGUUUUCGUAGUGGCAUAAUUCGCAUCCUCGUUGCCACAUCGACUCUAAGCUCUGGCGUGAAUUUGCCUGCUCGCCGUGUCAUAAUCCGGACUCCGCUUUUCCACGGCAAAAUUUUAGACUAUUUGUGUUACAAACAAAUGGCUGGACGAGCAGGCAGACAAGGUGUAGAUACAUCGGGGCAGAGCAUACUGUUGUGCAAACCGCGCGACUUACCUCGUGUUCGACAGCUAAUUAGUACUGGGAUGCCUCCGGUACAUUCGUGUCUGAUGGACGCUUUUGGGGGAUCGGCUGAGUCAACUUUUAAACGUGCUCUUCUGGAGGUUAUUGCCAAUGGAUUUAUCGUGAAUGUUGCCGAGGCCCGCCAUUAUCUGUCGAGUACACUGAUGGCGAAGGCUUUAUCCACAGCCACGUCACAGGAGGAUCCCAGUCCGGCUCGCCAACCACGCCGCAGAUCCUUACGUUUAUCGCAAACCAAAGGUGCCAUUACUUCCGUGGAAGCGUCACAAGUGUCACCUGAGGUACCACAGAAACUUUCAAAAUCUCCGUGGCGGCGAGAUCCCACCUUGUCAAAGGCGGAUCGCAUUCUGAAUCUUUGUCUCUCCCAGCUUUGUGAUCACGAUCUUAUUGUGAUAAACCGCUGCGCCAAUAUCGAUUGUACGCAGUGUCACACAGCGAAGAGUUCCAAUCAUUUGAAGACACAAAUCAUCCCAAAUUGCUAUCAGCUCAAGCCAACGGCGUUGGGAAGAGCCGUGUUAUCUUCAUCUCUGGGUCCGACACAUGGCCUCGUUGUUUUCGAAGAACUGGACAAGGCUCAACGUUCUUUGGCUUUGGAUACGGACCUCCACCUGAUCUACUUGCUAACUCCUGUCUAUCUGGACGUGGGCGCAGGACUCGAUUGGUUCCGUUACUUGGAGCACUAUCAAUCGCUGUCUCCGGCUGAUCGUCGCGUAGCCGAUUUGAUCGGGAUCGAAGAGCGCUUCAUCACACGUUGUGCGGCGGGCGCAUCAACCACUAGUAACACUAAUACUAGACAAGGUGCUUCAGCGUCGAAUUCCGAACGUGUGGCUCUUCACCGAAGAUUCUACACCGCACUCACCUUGUAUCGUUUGGUAUGUGAAGAUGGUUUGGGCACGGUCGCGGAGCAGUUCGGAGUUAAUCGUGGGCUAUUACAAAGUUUACAGCAGCAGGCAUCUACUUAUGCCGGAAUGGUUACUAUUUUCUGCAAUCGCUUGGGUUGGAUACAUCUGGAGCGUUUGCUGGCCGGCUUCCAAUCUCGAUUGUUCUACGGAGUUGCCGAAGAACUAGUGGAUCUGGUACGUUUACUGCCUCUGGUCAACGCUCAGCGUGCCCGUGCUCUGUAUGCUGGCGGCUACACCUCUGUCUCCGCCGUGGCUAACGCAAAACCACGAGACCUCUCUAGCUGUGGGUGGUCACGCUGGUUAGCAACAGUUGAAUUGAACAAUUUAUCUGAUAACGCUUUCUUUGACCUGUUGUAUUUCAUCGCCGUGUCUGUAAUCCACAGUGGUGAGCUGUCCGCGCAUGGGGUCCUUCAACGUCAAACAAUCAUGCUCGAUGACGGAAGGUACGUCGAUGAGGAGGAAGCCGCUCCCCUAAUCGUUCAAAAGGCUCAGAAUUUGUUGCAGCAGGAUUUGGUCGCAGUUUAUGGGACGCAUAUCGCUAUGCUUCCACCUACCAAUGAAACUAGAUCAUCCUCUCAAAGCAGCGUAUGUACGAAUAAAACUGAUGCGUCCCCAAACCAAUCUCAAUGUCCUACGUCAGUUGCGGUGAUGCGUACUUCUUUAACCACAAAUUCUGAGAAACGUUCACCGUCACCUCCAUUCAUCUCCAAUGAACUAACUGAAAAGCCCGUUUUGUCGCCGAGACGGGCGUUAUCUGAACCCGGUGUGCCGCAGCCCAAACGGUGCCGUUCCUCACCUGCUGGACGCUCGGAAGUGUCGUCGAAAAUUAUUUUUGACAGGCAAAUAGAACCUGGAUUUAUUGACCUUUCUCCCACACCCAAACAACCGUUGACCAAUAAUACACAGGCCGUCGACAUAGCUGCUCCGCAGAUUGCCGAUCCAACAUUUAUUUCUCAAGACGAAUCGUUUGUACUCACCACUCAACUUGUAGCGAUCGUUGAUAGCCGCAGUUCAAGUUCAGUAGACAUCCCGUUGACUGUAAGCCAACCGGUACAUGAUCAGUUGGACUCCCACAUCCCUAUUUCCAGGAUAAAUCAGACAGAUAUUGAGAUGAACGACACACUCACCCUUUCGAUGCUUGAUAAUGCGCUCGAUUUUGGAAAUGUUUCACUCAGAGAGCUCUUUCACAUUUCUCCCUCAGUGUGUCCGGUGGUCAAGAAGCAAGGACUCGUGGAAUAUUUGGCGUUGGAGUUGCACUCAUGCGCCUUUCUGGAUUGCACCCCAGUGAACAGUCGGCUUUUCGCCGUCUGGUUAUCCAGCUCAAUCAAGCUCAGCACCUCUCGACAUAAACAGAGGUCUGAUGCUGAAAAGGGUACCUUCCAUCGAGAGCUAUCCGGGCUCAUUCAUCAAGCAAAAAGCACUGACACUGUGAUCCUCGCAGGCGAUUUGAAUGCUCAACUCUUUCACAUUUCUCCCUCAGUGUGUCCGGUGGUCAAGAAGCAAGGACUCGUGGAAUAUUUGGCGUUGGAGUUGCACUCAUGCGCCUUUCUGGAUUGCACCCCAGUGAACAGUCGGCUUUUCGCCGUCUGGUUAUCCAGCUCAAUCAAGCUCAGCACCUCUCGACAUAAACAGAGGCCUGUGGACUGUGGCAUCCCAGACAGUCAGACGUUGUCACCUUAUUGUUCACGGAUUUUAGAGAACGCUGUUCUCCCGACAGCGGUCACUCGCCUGAAUGAUAUGUUACGGUCCACAUCAGAAAGCGUAUUCAAUAUUGUUGAAGUAACUCGAACGGAACCACUAUGGCACACUUUCGUGGGCGAUUUCAUCGAAUGGAUUCGGCGAUUCGACAAGUGCAGCUCCCACUUGAGUUCCAUCGCUGUUCAACCAUGUUGGAUGAUGGGAUCACCGGAUUUAUCUAUUUUACCCAACGCACCAAUUCCGUGCACUUGGCUCUCGGGUCCUGCCGGCCAUCCGUCAGUGGGAGGUGGCGUUGAUCUGAACUCUAACAAACAUCCUUUGGCCCUUACAUUGACUGGAUUGGCUGUUUCAUCCCAACUUCUCCUUCCCAAUACCGUAUUUUGGAUAGAAUUAGAUUCUUCAGGUGACCCGCAAAAAGUACAGCGCGCCCUCUGUCUGGAUGGCCUUCGAAGUAUCUUUACUCAUCUUGCACAAAGUCGGAUGAUGUUGGUUGCAUGGGACGCAAAAUGGUGGUUCCGUGUAGCCAGAGACCUUCUGGGUUUCGGGCAUUUGUCUGUAUUUGAUCCAGCAACCGCCGGCUGGCUUCGUGAUCCCGACCAGGGUCGUCCUUUGUUGUCUUCGGAAGUGCUCAGGUUGAAUCCCAAUAUGCAAGAACUUAUAGAGCAACUGAGACUGGCAGGCUUCAACACAGACUGGUCUAAUCUGGUCCCGGCGGAUUCCAAAGAGCCUUCCAGCAUAUGCCCUCCAAAUCGAAUGGUUGUUCUGAAUGGGCCGUUUGGUUUGUCUCAACACAUUAGCAUAGCAGCCACUCACUGCUAUCUGCUUGCUCAGUGGACUGAUCCUGACUUGUUCUGCAUGACUGAAGUACCCGAGAUUCUUUUGCAGUUGGAGCUCCCAUGUCAAGCUCUGUUAGCGCGCGUCGAAUCCACCGGUUUCGACUGGUCUAAUCUGGUCCCGGCGGAUUCCAAAGAGCCUUCCAGCAUAUGCCCUCCAAAUCGAAUGGUUGUUCUGAAUGGGCCGUUUGGUUUGUCUCAACACAUUAGCAUAGCAGCCACUCACUGCUAUCUGCUUGCUCAGUGGACUGAUCCUGACUUGUUCUGCAUGACUGAAGUACCCGAGAUUCUUUUGCAGUUGGAGCUCCCAUGUCAAGCUCUGUUAGCGCGCGUCGAAUCCACCGGUUUCGCUUCCGUCUUUUUCGCCCACCAGAAAACUACCACACCUGGGCGUAUAUCUCCCACUUAUGAUGUCUACACGGCCACUGGACGGAUUGUAUCCUGUUUCCCGAACAUCCAAGCUGUACCGAAAGACAUCGUUAUCGAUUAUACUCAGAUUCACACCCGUAAACCUCCAUCCGUGGGUACCUUUUGUCCAGCAGCCAACUCUGUCGCCGUUACUGCUGAGGAUUCCACCAAAAAUUGUAUAUCAGUUAGACUGUUGACUCCGUAUGUGCGUCAUCGGGCGCUGACAUCCUCAGGCAGCUCGAAACCAAUCUUUAAGCUUCGACGACCAGUCUAUGUGGCUGCCUUUAAUGUUCGAACUCUGAAGCAAACAGGACAACAAGCUGAUCUUGCAUUCACACUGGACUCCCUUGGCAUUUAUGUCUGCCGUCUCUCAGAAACAGGAAUUCAAGAUGCAAGCACAGUGAUUGAGAUAACCGCCCCAUCAGUCUCCACUCGCUUCCGGUUACGCACCUCUGGUGAUCCAGAGGCUGCUGCAGCGGGAUGUGCAGGGUUUGGUAUCGUCCUAAGUUACUGGGCGGAAGUGUCCUUCCUUGACAGGAUACCUACUGAUAGUCACCUCUGCGCGAUCCGUCUGGCAACGUCUGUGAAAGAGUCUCACAAGCGGGAAGUUGAUAGAUGUCUGUUUAUCGAGUCUGCCUACGCGCCAACCGACUGUAGCUUCGACGCCGUCAAAGACAGGCUUUAUAAAGCCCUGAAUGCCCUCCCGCGACGAGCUAAAAGCUCAGACAUCGUGGUGGUUGCCGGAAAUUUAAGUGCACAAGUGGGCAGGACGACAAGGGAAGGUGAGCUUGCGAUCCGACGGACCAAAGAAAUGGAAGAGGCCCAGAAAGCCGGUAAUACCCGGAGAUUAUUUCAGUUGAUCCGUGCGACCGGUCCCCGGAAACCACCCGUGAGUGAAACCAUAAAACAUCAGAAUGGAACGACCAUCUCGAACAAAGAAGAAUGCCUCGACCGGUGGGCUGAAUACUUCGAACAACAACUUUCGUGGCCACAAGCCGACACUCAUCUAGGGCCCAAACGUGAAGUAGAACCCUGGACGGUGAACGUGGAACCACCUACGGCCUCAGAGGUUUAUGACUGCAUAUGUUCUCUCAAGCGCCACCGAGCUCCCGGUCCGGAUGACCUUCUACCCGCACUGUUCAAAGACGGGGGUGAAGUCCUCAGUCAGCGCUUGUCCGAUCUGUUUGCUUGCAUUUGGAAAGAGGAGUCUGUCCCAGACACUUGGGGAGAAUCGAUGAUAGGGUUCAGCUUGACCCCGAUUGUAACGAGACUGUUGGCAUCAGUUGUGCUUCCUCGCCUCACAGUGGCUCGCGAGAUACUGACUCGAGAGCAGAAAGCGGGAUUCCGGCCUGGUAGGGGUUGCGUUGACCAAAUCUUCACACUGCAUCAGGUGCUAGAACAACGCCAUACGUAUAAGCGACCCACGAUUCUAGUAUUCCUGGAUUUCCGAGGCGCAUUUGACUUGGUUCAGCUUGACACGCUUGCCAACCAAUGCCCGCCCCGGAAGUUUUUAAACAUCAUACGUUCUUUGUAUUCUCAGACUUCCGGACAUGUUAUUCGUCCGCGGCGCGCUUUCCAGGCCUGUUCUGGUGGAAUCCUGGUAUCCGCUGAUUUCUGCCAAUUGGAACUGCGUCUCCUCGCUCACUUUAGUCGGGAUACAGACCUUCUGAAAUUACUCUCGAUCGAUGGGUCGGUGGAUGGUACGGAUAGCUCCUUACCACCUCCACCGGAACAAGAUGCUUUUCGUAAAUUAGCUGCUCAUUGGCUCCGAUUAUCAUCCACCCAUGAAGUAAGCAGCAACCAACGACAACAGGCGAAGCAAAUAUGCUAUGCCCUCAUCUACGGAAUGGGUGUCCAAGGUUUGGCUUCUCAAUUGAAUGUCCCAGAAGCGACUGCCCAACGUCUAAUGGAUAGCUUUAUGUACUCAUACCCUGUCGUUAAGCGUUCACUGGAGCUUUUGUUUUCAAACCCGAUGCAAUCUCUGUUGCACGUGGAACUUCAAGACAUUAUCUAUGCCUUAUCCUUUUCAUCCAACCUUAAAGGCAUUCAGCGGUUCAUAUCAGAUACCAUCCAGUCAGCCCAUCGUCUAGGUUAUGUCAGCACUUUACGAGGUCGCUUGAGACUACUGCCGGCAUUGGGCGAUAAGGAAUCGGGAAAUUCACAUGCUCAGCCACAACUAACUGUUCCUCUGCUGGUCCGCAAUGGCCCUUUGCAAACCCAGCAAUACUAUUCUAUCGCCAAAGCGGAGCGACAAGCAGUUAACACAGUCAUACAGGGUAGUGCUGCUGAAAUUGCGAAGGCCGCCAUGCUGGAGGUAGACGAAGUCUUGAUGUCCAACGAUUGGCAUGACAACUGCCGGCUGGUUCUUCAUGAACACGAUGAACUUGUUUACGAGGUCGUACCAGCCUCCCUUGGACCUGUUCUGGGUUCACUGAUUCGUCACACACUGGCUCGAACGAGCCAAACGCAUGGGCUGUCUGUCCCGCUUCCAGUCAAGUUAACAGCCGGUCGUAAUUGGUCAGAACUUGAGGAAGUCCUCUGGCCAAAUUCCUGA